ACUUUCUGUUGUGAAUAGAAAUACAGCUGCCCAUUGUUUAGUUCCCGGAUCAUCAAUCUAGACUUGUUUGUUUGGGUGGAGCUACAGGCUUUUUGCAGUUUUCGACAUCCUUUCCCAUCAUUCUGACCUUAUUUUCUAGGAUAUGGGGGAGCAAAAUAAAAUAUUAUCCCGUCCCAUUUUCCGCCGGGAUGUGGGCUGGGAGCCUUUCCCAAACUGGACGCAGCCGAGCCGAAUCUUCUCCCAGGAUUUUGGCCUCCCUCCUUUCCUGGACCCAAGUGAUCUGGACUGGAUAGAAUGGUCCAAGAGGAGACUGGCAUCUUUCUCCUGGCCUGGCUACGCACAAACUCCACUUCUGCCUCCAUUCAGUGGUCAGCACCCUGCGGCGUUGAACCAAAAAGGUCCGAGGCAACUAGCAAGUGGGGUGUCAGAGAUCCAAACGGGGCAGGACAGCUGGAAGAUUAACCUGGACGUCAAUCACUUCUCGCCUGAGGAAAUUACAAUCACAACCAAGGAAGGUUAUUUACAAAUAUCAGGAAAUCAUGAAGAAAGGCAGGAUGAUCAUGGAUCAGUUUCAAGGUGCUUCACCCGGAAAUACAAACUGCCACAGGGGGUGGACUUGCAGCACAUCAGCUCUUCGCUGUCUGGUGAUGGAGUCCUGUCCAUAGAGGCCCCCGCUCCAGGGACAUCCAUCAGCAACCCACCCAAUGAGAUUGUCGUACCGGUUCAGAUCAGACAGAAGCAGGACGGUGAAAAGUGAAACCAGUAAGCAAGAAUUUGAAACCACAAUCAGAUGUAGCCCGAGUUGUGUUUAGUAACCUUUAUAGCACUGGCAUGAAAAAGGCAAAAUAAUAGUGUUUUCCUGCUAUAAAAAAAGGAUAUUGUAAUGUCAAAUGUACAAUAUCAUGUCACAAAUACAUUUGGUUUCACAAACAAAUGCACAGUCAUCAAUAUAACUAGGAAUAAAAUAAGGAAUCAUUUUUGCUUGUCAUCGCUUAUAAAUGGAUUAGCAUGACCUUGUAUUCCUAACAACAUACCAUCAUGUUUUCAUGCUCUUCUAAUAUCUGAAUUGUAUGAAAAAAUACAAGCUAGCAGCUGUAGUGGUGACCUUACAUGACCUAUGUGACUGUGGAGAUUACGGCUGACAAUACUGGCCAAGAAUGGACAGUGGAAAUGGACUAUUUAUAUCCAAACAGCUUAUUUACUUUAUAACAUAAAGGUAUGUACGUCAAGUUGUGCUUCUGUGUAACAUGGCAAGAUAAUUCAUAAUAAUUAAUUUAGUUUGAUUUUAAUUUGCAU